CAUUUCCAUGGUAUUACAAAUAUUCAAGUUCACAAUUUCAAGUACACAUCAAGCACACAUCAAAUUUCAAGUAAUAUUUAUAACAUGGCAAGACGUAUGACACAUCAACCAUCAACUUCGGACAGACUGAUAGCAGUGAUUGGUGACGAAGACACUUGUGUCGGAUUCUUGCUCGCAGGAGUAGGAGAAAUCAGAGACAAAAAAGCUAACUUCUUGAUUGUCUAUAAAGACACAAAAAAGAGUGAAAUAGAGGAUGCCUUUAGAGAUUUCACCAAACGGGGCAGCAUUGAAGUUAUUCUGAUAACGUUAACGGCUGCGGACAAGAUACGUGAUGUACUCAACGCCUACAAACAGACUCUCCCCGCAGUGUUAGAGAUACCCUCCAAAGACCAUCCGUACGAUAUAACGAAAGAUCCUAUCGUGAAAAGAGCACGCGACGGAAUGUUCAACGCGACAGAAGAUAUACCAGAUAUCACCUAGCUCUGUUCUACUCUAUGUUUGUGGUGAAAUAAAGGUUGGCUCAGAGAAAGCAACAUUUCUUAGU